GGAGUUUCAACUGCAGUGGAGGCGGAGUACUAACAUUUGAGAGGGAGAUAUGGGAGAUAGCACUGCAAAGUGUGAGAGUGUAUCAAGAAGUGUUCGAUGAUUUCAUUUGGCUUUGGUUCUGACCAAUAUCGUUACAAGCUGCUUUGUGAACAUGAAGCUGCCAGAAUUAAAAGACACAAUUAGUCGCUUCAGAUUUGCACAAUCCUGUGUGGGUCUAAGUGGUUGCCUGUGUGUGUCCUACGCCGUCUGGACACCAUUCUGGUUCAAGCAUGAGGGACUCUGGAGGGACUGGAAUACCACAAAGGAUGACCGAGGCAGUGACGGUGUGGCCUUUAACGCCCUGGAAGCAGAAAGAGUAUUUGGAGUUUUGUCCUUCCUGUUGGCCUUGAGCACGGGGGCUCUCUCGCUGGUCUUCGCUCUCUGUUGGACAUCUAAGACGGUGCGCUCCUACUCCAACACCCGCUCUCUCCUCAUGGUUGGCCAGGCACUCUACCCCACGACCUUGCUCCUCCUCACCAUGUUCUCCACAGGUUUCUUCUUCCUCCUCAGCUGGUCAAUUUUCACCUAUCAUCAUAGGGAAGAAAUCAAGCAGGACUUCUCCUCCUUGGGCUCCUCCUAUUGGUUCGGAGCUUUAGGCUGGACCCUGCUAUUAAUUGUGGAAACGAUCAUCUUUGUGGCCGAGCAAGUGAUCGUGCCGGACAUUCUGGAAGACCUGGAAAAAGCAGUGCAGUCAUGGCGGGUCACUUCUCAGCCUAGUCGCUGCUUCAGCGAUGGUUAUUGUCAUCCUGCACACAGUCAGAGUAAACUAGCGCCAAAGAGGUUCCUGUCAGCACCCGGACAACUUCACAUGAACACACAGACUUAGAGGGAAAUAUACAAGCAUAAGGACCCAUUCUCCCGUUUGCGCUUUAGUGUUUUUUUACGCACUUGAAGUUACGCACGUUUCUCCACCUAUCCUGCCCUGUGUACAGUAAGUCAGGCCAAAGUGCGUAAAUCGUGAAUGAAGGCAGGUUCUUUACUAAAGAGGCAGACUUUGCCAUGAAGCCUUUUUUUUUGGUUGCAUGAAAUUGUGUGGAACAUGGAGUUUUACAUAGACUUGUGAAUAGGGCUAGGCGAUAUGGACCAAAACUGGUACCGCAGUAUUUUUAGUUGGAAGACCAGUAUCCGAUAUAUACCGGUAUUAGCAUACUUGCCAACCCUCACGAAUUUUCCGGGAGACUCCCGAAUUUCAGUGCCUCUCCAGAAAAUCUCCCGGGACAACCAUUCUCCCGAGUUUCUCCCCAUUUCCAGCCGGACAAAAGGCACGCCCCCUCCAGGUCCGUGCGGACCUGAGUGAGGACAGCCAAAGAGUAUAUCGUAUAGGGUUCUGUGGUUACUUUUUGGUUGGCCAACUGUUUACGUUGUAUUGCGCACCCUGACGGCAAGUGUCGGAGUCUUUUUUUAAAUGUUUUUAUUUUUUUAAAACUUUAUUUAUAACAUUCAACAUUUACAUACAAUAAAAAACAAAUAAAUAAUCAAAACAAGUACAGAAACAGUACAAAACAGCGCCAGGGAGUUUGUAAACUCAAUAAAGCAACUAAAGAAGAAUGCAAAAAAAAAAAAAAUAUAUAUAUAUAUAUAUAUAUGUAACACA